GUAGCUGUUGACGAACUUUCAAACUUCUUCCUUAUCAAGGGCCGUAAUAGCCGUCUUUUUACUGGCAGCCUACUGAGCGUGUUUGACGUCCGGGGCGACUAUGUCGUUAAGGUGCUCCGGAGGCUGCAGAAGGAUGACUACGCAACCAUUGAGGUAAGGCCGGAGCUCGUCGCCCAAUUCAACCAGUACCGGACGGUAUAUACAAGUGAGUGUUCGUCUUGGUAUCAAACGGGCAGGAUAAACUCGCGGAUCGUGGCAACCUGGCCAAGAUCAUUAGCGCAAUGUCUUGAAGUGCUGCAGGCUCCCCGGUGGGAAGACUUCAUGUUUGAGAGCGCUUAUUACCCAACAGGGAAUUCGCUCCGAUGGAUAGGCAACGGCUCGAGCCUGGGUCUCGCCGAGUGA